GAAAAUAUUUUUCUUUAUACCGUAUCGUACUUACGCCCAUAAACGCAGAGCUGGAAAUUCAGAAUGAUCUUCCAUUAAAUAUUGGAAGCGGAGUCAAAGCAGCUCUUUCUGUCCUAUCGACAUUAUGUAUUUUUGCGAUUGUUCUCUAUACUUUAUUACUUAUCUUUUUGAUUAUACCUCAUGUUCCUGACAAUGAGUUAGAAAAAUUAAGAGACAAGACCUUUUUUUUUCCAGUAUAUAAUAGUACUUCAAAAAAUUUUGAAUGUAAUAGUAGUUUAGACUAUUCAAGAAUUCAAUUUGAAUCUAAUCAUAAUACCAUGAUUGAUCAAAUUUCAGGGUUUGGUACUAUUGCAGUAUUACUUUUUAACGUUGCUGUUUAUGGUGUAACUUCUCGAUUAAAUCUUAGAAAUACUUGCAUUGUUGAUGAUUUGCUAAUUCUCUCAUCAGUUCUUUCUGAAGAACACGUAUCUAGAUUAUUAGGUCAGCAAAGGCUUUAUCUAAAUGUAGAUUUAGUUCUUGAUAAGGAUGGUUUUGUUAAAAAGUUUCAAAGGCUUUAUCUGAAGUUUUAUCUGAGGUAUUACCUGAUGAAGCAUUGUUUUACAAAGUCAAAGAAACUAUAUCGGUAUAUGAAGAAAAAUUCAGAGCCAAACGAAUGGAAUGAAAUAUUUGGAAAAAUUUACCAAGAACUUUCAAAAGAUUUUAUGAAAGAUGUAGAUUUAAAAGUUUUUAGAUAUAUCGAACAUAUCAAAAAUGAUAAAAAUGGUGCAAAAAAAAUUGAUAAAGACAUCAUAGAUAUUCCAAGCCUAAGAGGAGGUUUCAUUGCUAAGCAACUUAUUAAAUAUUCGUUUAUUUAUAUGAAUAUUCUUGAAACAGGAAUAUUUCAAUAUUUUACUUAUUCACAUCAAGCAUUAAUUACAUAA